AAUCGAUCGUGUGUUGUUGUUAUGUUGUUGUUAUCGUUUUUUGCGACGAUUUGAUGUUUACAACAUCCAACUUUCCUUUAUUAUUAUUAUGGUGAAUUAUGAACUCAAUAUAUAUUCUGUGUGAAUGAAUAUGUAUGGUGAAUCUUUUAUCAGAUCUAUAUACGGUAUUCAACAGUUAUGUUUAAACCAAGGCUUGACAAGAAUCGUUUAUUAAUAAUAUCUGCGGUAUUUGUUUUUAUUUUGAUUUGGAGACUGUAUUAUGUUUUGGUUGAUAACUCAUUAUGUGGUUCUAAUCCUUACUCGUUUUUGUCUGAACAUUGUUUUGGUGACACUCGAACCCACAGCUAUAAAUACCUAAUCAAUGACGCGGAUAUUUGUAAACCUUUUCCAGACAAAACGUUUCUGUUAAUAGUAGUUCUUUCAAGAACGUCUGAGUUUGAAGAAAGACAAGCUGUGCGGCAAACCUGGGGUUCUUUAGCUGUAAGUAAUAAAGAAAUACGAUUGGUUUUUAUGUUGGGAUAUCGUCCGGAGAUACACAGUCAUGAUUUAAAGACUGAAAAUGAAAAAUACCACGAUAUUAUUCAAGAGGAUUUUUACGAUAGUUACCGUAAUCUCAGUAUUAAAUCUGAGGCCAUUCUUCGUUUCGCCAACACGUUUUGUUCUGGUGUAAAAUACAUACUAAAAGUUGAUGUGGAUGUGUUUCUGAACCUACCGGUUUUGAUCGACGAUUUACGUAAACGAGAGGGUACAAAUAUGAUUAUGGGACAUGUUUUACAGCUUGUAUAUCUUUUUCGGACCAAAGAUUCAAAGUGGUACACGGACAGCUAUCCAUUAACAUUUCAUCCAUACUAUGUAUCUGGACCCGCCUACAUUUUAUCCGGAGAUGCAGCGGAAAAAUUACUCUAUGUCGCAUUAAAGACGAAAUAUUAUUUUGUAGAAGAUGUUUUUAUUACUGGUAUAGUAAGACAACGUUCGAACGUCGAAUUGAUCCAUCACCGAGGAUUCGGUUACAGAAACCCAUUUGUUGAUAUUUGUUGGCUUGAAAAUAAAAUUUCAGGACAUUCCUAUACAAAAGAACAAAUGAUAGAACUAUGGUCACAAAAGGUUAAAAACAAAUCCUGCACUUGGACAUUAAGAAUAUUUUAUAUGUUGUAUGAUAUUUUAGCUUGGUGGUGAUCGUGGUAGUGAUCCACGGGGGUUGGGGGAGCGGUUGCUAAGUGAGUAAGACGAUGGCUCGCAAUGAGGGAGAUCGCGGGUUCGAUUCCGGUGUUUGCAGAGAAAGUUCAUCGGGAAUUUCCGACGUGGUUUCCUCUUGUCAGUGCUGCACCACGGACAGCAACCUAGUCGUUUGGAUAAGACGAAAUCCGAGGUCCCGCGUACACAUUGGCGUGCACGUAAAAGAUCCCAUGGCAGUUGGAAUUCGAAAUUACAGUAGAACGUAGCGUCGCUGUCCGGGCAAAAUUUCCCUCAUAACACACUGUAUGGCGUAUGCCCAGUUGGAGCAGAAGAGUAGGACGUUAAACCCGUUUCAUUUCAAUUCCAUCUAUUGGGAUGAUAGUCCCAUCCCACUGAGUGCCAGAGCAACAAUACUCCUAUCUCACCGAGUGUCUUAGGCUCCACUGCUAACUUAAUUGUAGUGUUUAUUUCAAUCAAAUUUUACAUUCCUAACUAUAUUGUAAUCCUUAUUUCAUUUAAAUUUUAUAUUUUAUAUUUGUAAUCCUUAUUUCAAUCAAAUUUUACAUUCACAACUAUUAAUAUGUCAAUAUAUUGUAAUCCUUAUUUCAUUUAAAUUUUAUAUUUUAUAUUUGUAAUCCU